AUGUCGUUUAAAAUGAAAGGGAAAAAGACCCAAGCGUUCAAUCCCUUCAUCUUUAUCGUACUCCUAAUCCUCCGCCCCAACGGUCCAGACAGCAUACUGACCACCUUCACAACAGGGGACCAUCUCGCCGGCAGGUCAGGCGGCAAAUGCAUUAACGUCCUCCACUACUUCAUUGCUGCCGGUUCCCUCAACGCCGCUACUAAUUUCUUCCUCUUGGCGCUACCGAUCCCUCUCCUCUCGCGGCUUCGCACCACUAAUUUGCAAAAACUGGUCAUCACUAUCUUCUUCAUCAUGGGCUUAACCGUCUGUGCUGUAGGAAUAACCCACAUCGUCGUGUACUCCAACCUAAACGAAGACGACCUGACCUGGAAUUACGUCGAUGCAGCAAUGUGGACGGCGGCCGAACCUAGCAUCGCCGUCGUCUCUGCCUGUAUACCCUCCCUACGCCCGCUAUUCGCGAGGCUGAUCUGGGGGAGGGAGCACAGGCCGAAACACAUUCCGCACUCGAGCCAGCGCUCGUCAGGGAGAAAUUGGCUAGGGAGGGGCAAGGAGGGUGAGGUUGGGGGUUUCAAUCGCUUGAGGGAGAGUGCAGGGAGUGGGAACGGUGAUUCAGGGUAUGGAUACGGUUUGGGGAAGGCGUGGAUGCGCAACGUAGCUGUGUCCGGAGGGAAGAGUUGGGACACGGGCCGCGAGGAGUAUAUGAUGGGUCCUGGGGUCAGGGCGAGUCAGUAUGGAGGGCCUGCUGAUGGGGAAAUCAGGGUCAGGACAACGAUUACGGUGACGGAGAGGGUUGAUUGGCAGGAUGAUCUCUUCUAA